AUGCACUCAGAAGAGAAAAAACAACCGUCGUCAUUCUCCGUCAACCACAUCCUUCAAGCUGCUGAGAACACAAUGUCUAGUGAAAGACCACGAGAGACAGACGUCGCAAGCACGGACGAUUCCAGUGAAGAUACCAAUGUCAAGAUCUCUCUGGAAGAGAAUGACCUGUGGCGGCGAUUCAAGUCGCUGACAAACGAGAUGAUAGUCACUAAAAAUGGAAGGUGAGCAACUCCUAAAAACUUUUAAAAAGUUAUUCUGAGACAAUUUUAAUACCAUGAUUCAAUUCUCAGGCGGAUGUUUCCCGUUCUUAAAAUAAACGUCACUGGACUGGAGCCCAAAGCUAUGUACUCCUUCCUGCUCGAUUUCGUGUCCGUCGAGGGUCAUCGUUGGAAAUAUGUGAACGGAGAAUGGGUCUCGGGUGGAAAACCCGAGCCCCCGACACCAAGUUGCGUUUAUAUUCACCCUGAUUCACCAAACUUUGGCGCACAUUGGAUGAAACAACCUGUGGUCUUUUCCAAAGUAAAACUGACCAACAAACAAAAUGGCAAUGGGCAGGUACGCUUAUUAUAUUUUUCUGUGAUAUGAGUUUUAUUUUACCUUUUAGUGUCCUAGACUGAAAUGAUAUGAUCACGAACAAAGAAAAAAAGUAUCUUUUUUUUUAGUACCACUUGCGUGGAUAAAAUUCAAUAAAGUCCAGAUACCAAGUGAUUGUGUUUGAUUCGGCCUACAAAGAAAUUAACUCGUGAAGAACACACGCGAAGUUAAAUAACACACGUUUUGUCUUACAUAUUGGCAAUACAAAAACGGAGCAAUUAUUGAAUUACUAUCUUUUUCAAUUCAGAUCAUGUUGAAUUCCUUACACAAGUACGAGCCGAGAAUUCACAUUAUUCGUGUUGGUGCUCCAGAAAGCAACAGGACAGUGGUUUCGCACUCAUUUCCAGAGACGCAGUUUAUUGCCGUGACGGCUUAUCAAAACGAGGAGGUGAACUGCAUUGUACUGAAUAUUAGAUUUCGUUCCUUGGGGGUCGCUUUUUGAACAGUAUCCAAGGAAAUAUGAUAAACUAAAGAGAAUUGCUUUCUUUUUUUCUUAUUUUUGAGCAGAUCACUAGUCUAAAGAUAAAAUACAAUCCGUUCGCUAAAGCCUUUCUGGACGCAAAAGAGCGGUAAGUUGUCAUUUGUGAAAGCGGACUGUUGAAUCUUUCACUUUCUUCAACUUUCGCAAGAUUCCUAAUUUUUUUUUUCAUUUAGACAAGAACAGAAAGAGGCGUUGGAGCAAGCUGUAGAGUCGCAUUCGGCGUAUUCGCAAUGUGAGUUUGUUAUUUCACAACAAAUUGAUUUGUUAUCUUAAGAGAUGUUUGUGAAUUAUACACUUGAAACUUGGUAAAUCGAAUGUUGUGUGUUGCUUUUUGAGAGCACGUUCAAACUGUCCUACCGAUUAGAGAGUCCUUGGUCAAGUACGAUCUUGCGCUUAUGUGCGCGUAUCAGCAAAUUGUCGAAAAUUGUUUACGCUCGUGGUUUUGAGACGAGAAAUUUUUCGAGUAUUCGACACUUCAAUGUUCGAUUUAGCAUCGCACAGAGGAUGGCACUUGGUUCAAUUUUGCGCUCGCACUUCGCACCUUUUCAAUGAAGCCACGUCUCAAAUUGUUGCGCGGAGGUCCGAUUUCCCUCCACGAAACAGCGUGCAUUUUACUAGAGGAGUUCAUUGUUGCUCAAAAGAAAGCAAGAAUACGUGAGAAAUUUGUCUCGAUUCUGUUCACACAUCUUUCACGCUAUACGCCUUAUCGCGCGGAUAUUUUCACCUCCGACGUGAUUUUUGUUUUAUAACUUCUUCGUUAUUCAUUAAUUCGAUUUGUUGAUACUAAGUUUUCCUACUUCUUCUAUCUUUUCACAGACGGCUGGUUUUGUGCUGGUCCUGCACCCGUAUACCAACACCACCAUCACUCGAGGCCUUACGCACACAUUCCUUCCUCGCCAUAUGAGCGCUUAGGAAUAAGAGGGCAUCGCCCCUCUCCGUAUCCUAAUCCCUACCACAAGAGAACAGAUCUACCCACCCAAGGUAAAAAGCACCAUUUAAUUUCUUUUUCAGCCUUCAUUUUUUAUUACUUUGUGAUUCAUUCAAUACCUGCCCGCUGCUGGUAUUUCCUAAACCGGACAUACACUUGGCGCAAUGUAAAUUUUGUGUCAGUUUUGAGAGCUGACUUUGACGGGAAUUUUAUUCAAUUUUCCUGGUCGUCAAAUGUUCAGUGUCAACAGAAAUGAAAUUCAAAACCGCUUCUUAUUCUAAUUUUUUCAAUCAAAAUAUAUCCCAAGCUGAAAUAAUAUUGAAAGACAAAAAGUCGAAAAGUUUCUUUGAAAUUUGCUAGGAAGAAAGUAGGCACAUCAGGCACUAGCAGGAAAAUAAAACUCUAACCAUUCAUACGGCUUCCCUAGGAAAAUCUAAAUUUGGCAUUAUUCUGUUAUAACUUCAGGUAAUAUCCGUUUGUUACACGAAGAGACUAAAGUUAUUGAAAUUGUUUUAAAACCUUUGUAUCUUGCGCGGUUUGCGCAGCUGGGCUUUUUCAUUGUUGAGAAAAGAAUAUACUUGGACACUAUACACAAUGGGCCAAUCGACCAAAUGGCGCACAUACUGCUUCUAAACUCGUUCUUAGCCAUCAAAGGCGUUUAGGUCGAGCUAAACAAACCUCCCCGUACGUCUGCUGUUCUUGUUUAUGUUGUUUUGACCAACGACUGUCCGUUUUUGAGCGUGUUCUGGUUAACGUCCAGUUAAAUUUCAAAGCCGUUCGUUCAUCAAAAGAAAAAAUUUGCGACAUAGCACGAGAAGAGCAGAACAAAAGAUAUUAAAACCCGUCGAAAUGAGAGUUUUGUGUCUUUUAGAAGUGUAAAAUCAAGAAGGUUGGAGAUGUAACUGAAGCGUUAUUAGUCUAAAUGCGCCUCAGCAUCGCAGUAUCCAAGAUUUUCUUUCUCUUGCAAUUUCAUGAAAGUGGCAUCAAUAGCAACUUUGAAGAAGAGGUAUUAAGAGGAAUUAAGAUUUCUUUUGGCGCAAGUUGUAACCUCUGGCAACCAGCGAUAAUCAUCUAACACGGACGCGCUAAAAUGGUUUCUUUUGGGAUCCUUUCUUUCGGCACAAAAACUUUAAAAACUCUCCCAGGCCUGCAGAUUAAAAGCGUUGGAAACUAUUGACAAAAAAGCUGCGAAGAGAGAGGCGUCUAGGAGACGAAAUUUUAGUCUCACACGAUGUGAAACAUUGGGAACACAUUUCAACCGGUUGAUAAAUCAUUAAGAUUUUGAUUCGGCUUUUGUUGAUUUAGAACUAAUCUCGUCAGCCUUUCAUUUUAUUCAACUGUCGUUUUUUCUUCUUUCUUAGUAACUCAUGCACCGCAGUACUUUCCAACAGAUUCUAAUCAAUUACUUCUUCCUGGCCCAACGGCGCUCGAAAACAUUUCCAUGCCGUCUGUGUCCCUCGCACACUCGCAUCACACUCCAGCAGGCCCGCACCAGCUUCAUCCCGGCUUAAGCCCGUUCAUGAGCAAUUCGUCUUACAACACGACUUCGAGAGGGAGUCUCGAUAUGGACUUGACUCACAAGGAAAAUGAUCGAUCAAAGUGCAUUCAGGCGCCAGGGAUUUCACUUCAUCCAUCAUGGAACACACUUGGACAAGCUUGA